GUCUAUGACUGAUCGGUAAACAGACCGAUAAAUUUCGCGUGGGUAGAAAAGUGGCGCGCCCGUCCGGCCGCCUCUGUUCGCCCUGCUUCUCUAUUUCAGGGAUCAGAGACCGACGCACUGAACCAGGUCGAGGGAAGAAGAAGGGGAGGGCAGAGACGAGGGGGAAGAAGGCAAAGGGCAGGCGUUGGUUGAUCGGCUGCAGCGAUGGCGCUCAAGUUUCUGAACAAGAAAGGAUGGCACACAGGCAGCCUCCGGAACAUCGAGAACGUGUGGAAGGCGGAGCAGAAGCAGCUGGCGGAGGAGAAGAAGUUGGAGGAGUUCAAGAAGCAGAUCCAGGAAGAAAGGGAGCGCCAGGAGUUCCGCCUAUUGCAGGAACAGGCUGGCCUUGUCCCCAAGCAGGAGAGGUUGGAGUUCCUUUACGAUUCGGGGCUGGCUGUGGGAAAGAGCAGUUCUGAGGGAUUCAAGGCGCUCGAAGUCGAAACCCUUCCACCCCCAGCCGGGACUUCCGCUGCUGGGACCUCCGCUGCCGGGACUUCCAAAGAGGCUUCUAUCCAAUCGUCUGCUCCUGGAGCCUUAUUCUCAACGGAUAAACCUCAAUCUGCAAACGAUGCUUGGAGAAAGCUGCACUCUGAUCCACUGCUUUUGAUUCGUCAAAAGGAGCAAGAAGCCCUUGCAAGGAUAAAAAACAAUCCAAUCAAGAUGGAUGCCAUUAAAAGAUCUAUGGAAGAAAAGAAAGAGAAGAGGAAGAAGCGACAUGAACACAAGAAAUCAGGACAUGGUAGUCAUUCAAGGGAUGAGGAGGUGGGAGAUGAGACUGAUGAGAGUGAGGGGGACCGGAGGAGGAAGAGAAGUCACCACCAUCAUGAUCAUCCAAGUGUAGCUAAGAAGGAUGGUCGAGAAAUAGAUGGCAGAAGGAAAGACAGCAAGAAAAGAAGCCAACAUGAUGGGUCAGGUAUGGUUAAGGAGAAAGAUAUUCGAGAAGCAGAUGAAGAUCGGACUGAACGUAGGCAGAAUGUUCCAAGGAAUGAUUGGAAAAGUAACCGAAGCAGUGAGAGGGAAAAGGAAAGAAACAGAAGUCGAGAUCAUGAUGAAUACAAUGGUGUUAGGAAGAAAGGUCAAGAAAUUGAUUAUGAUGAUGGUGAAAGGGAAAAAAGUAGGAAUGACAAAUCUCACAUCCAUUCAUCGAGAGUUGACAAGAUUGGAGAUAGCCAUAAAAGAGAAUAUCAUGAGCGAUCUAUACGCCCUAGUCAUCAUAUUGUAUCUGACAAUCAUCAUGUGGAGGAUGGGUUUAAGACUGGCCGUUUAGAUGCUCAUCUAAACAGGAACCAGCCUGGGAGGCUUUCUGGAGAAGAGAAGGCAGCACGAUUGCGUCAGAUGCAACUUGAUGCUGAUGUGCAUGAUGACCAACGAUGGAGACGCCUUAAGAAAGCAUCAGAAGCAGAUGCCAGGGAAGCAAGUAACCAACGGGCUUCUGGCCGAAAUUUCUUGGAUGCAGCUCAAAAGAGCAUAUAUGGCACCGAAGAAGGGGGAAGGUCUACUAUAGCUGAAAGUGUUCGUGGGAGGACUUUCUACCUGCAAGGCAGGUCAGAUGAAACGAAGAAUGCUUUUAGGCGGUGAACAAUGUCCAAAUGCGAUGUGGAGUGAAUGUAUGGUUGAAGCUUGAUAUCAAAUGGUUUCCAAGGAAGAUGAAGGCCUACUGUUUUAUGCAUCUUCUCACGAUGAUGUGUCAUUGAUGUUCUUUGUAAUGUGAUAGGCAGUACUUCAUGCAGGUUCUGGGAAGGUCUUUUUUGGGGGGAAGGGGAGGGGAGGAGGUUUGGGCAAUCUGCAAGUGAACUUUUGGUGCACGUUUCUGCAGAUAGUAACUAUUGGAAGUGCAUUCUUCCUUGUGAGUUCUAUGGGAAGAACAGGAUUGGUCUUCUUGACUAUUUUUUCAAUGAUAUGGGCACGGGAGGAUGUUUUGAAGGUAAUGGCGCUCCAUGAUGUCCAUUUCUUCUGUGUAAUGUGUGUCGGAACAGCUGUGUUUCACGCUUUGCUCCAUCUCCGUCCUUUGGGUAAAGUAAUUGUUGCCCUUUCUUUCAAAUGAGAUGCUUCAAACUGCCAAUUCCAAAUUAUCGUUCAGAUCAUGAGAGACUGGUGAUGAAGACAUCAACAUCUUAUUCUGAGACGCAGGAGUUCAGAAAUCAGCCGGUGCUGUACCUUGUCACUAUAAAACAUUGACAGGGCCAUGGUUUUAUAAAUUCUAAUUAGGCAGUGUACCAUCAUUCGGACGGUGGAAAAAGUGUGUUUAAGGUCAUAUUUCUAGUCUUACUGCAUCUUGUAUGAAUGAAACGCGAAUAAUCUGUUCUUUGUUAAUGCGACUGAUGUUACAAAAGCCGAACUCUUAGUGAGCAUGUAUCGAUCAUAUUGUGUUUGUUUCCGGGAUUUC